AUGGAUAAUCAACAUUUUUUUAACUUAAUGAGAACACCUGACGGCCCACCUGCCGUAGUAAUGAGUUCAGAUGGAUCGUGGACUUUCAAUAGUGAUAGCGACACAUCACUUCCGACAAGCCGAGCAGUGGAUGUGGCGGAAAUUUGUCCAUCAGUGGCGGAGAAAAUCUGUCCAGCUGUGAAGACGACCGACACGAUCGCGAAGGUAGUAAAUCCUCAACCGGACAGCAAACCCAUCAAUGCCCACGUAAUUUCACCGACGGUCACCGAUGAACAGACCAUCGAUGAACAGUCCACCGACAAACAGGCCACUGACGAACAAUCCACCGACGAACAGGCCCCUACCGUAGCGGUCUGUAUGACUUCUGACCAUCAACAGGUUCGUUCAUCGUGCACUUUAUCAUCCUUCGACGAUUUGUACGGCAUAGACGGCAAAGACGUCUGCGCCAAACCGAGGUCGUUGGAUAUCAGUGGCGUAGCGUACAAGCGACACGUGGCCCUUAGGGUGGACGCAGCCGUUCAAGUGGAUGCCGUGAAUCUUCAACAGGGACGUGCCUCCAGUCCAGGCGGUGACGCCGGAAACCUGCAAACACCGAUGGCAUUUCGGAGUAGUAUCACUGCGGAAACGAGGGACAUGGGCUUUCAGAGAGGUGACAUGAAUUGGAGGAUACCCGGGACCUCCAUUGACUCCAUCGAUAGAGAUAACAGACGACUCGCUGCCGUCCGUUGCAAACCAAAAAUUGCUAAGAAAUUGAUGAUAAACAAAGAUAAACAUAUCAUAAAAGUAUACAUGAAUCAGUCAAAUAAGGUGUCGACCAAACCUGCGCCUUUCCUGCGAAGGUCAUCGUCUUACAUCAACCGGCAGGUGACACAAAGGGAAACUGAUCGGAACAAUUAUAUGAUGGUGAAAAAAUUGAUAAGCUCUAAGGCUGAAGUUUCGACAUUUCGUAGAUCAAAUUAA